AGUAUAGCUUAUUAUGGGGGCCUGAAUUCAGCUGCUGCCUUAAUUUCUUUUUUUUUUUUCUUUUUUUUCCUGUACAAACUACUGCCUUAGUUUUCAAACCUUGAAUAGUAACGCCCUCUCUAAGUACAGGCGGGAGUCAUCCACUAUUUAUUAUGUUGAUUCAACACCCUUCUCGUGAAUCUUCAAUUUCAUCAGCCUCCAUUAAUGUACUAGAACUCUCUAUCUACUGUUUGUGCUCUAUUGGGACAGGUCCAGUGUAUCUUCAUUGUUGAAUUUUGUCUUGAUGACUCAGAAGUCAAUAGAACCCAUGGAGGUCUCUCUGCAACAAGAACCAUCUCAUGGAGGAUGGAUCUCUGCAAUAUACAUCAUUGGUGUUGAAAUAGCUGAACGAUUCGCUUAUUACGGCAUGUUUGGGAACCUCAUGACGUAUCUCACCGACGUCCUUGGAGAGUCCACUGCAACAGCGGCCAAGAACGUCAAUAUCUGGUUUGGGAUAACGACUCUCCUUCCACUGCUGGGAGCUGUCAUCGCUGAUUCCUACUUAGGCCGUUUCAAGGCCAUCUUCUUCUCAUCCUUGAUCUAUCUGAUGGGACUGGUUAUGUUGACUGUAUCAACCACAAAAGCAAUCCCACCAGAGUUUCGAGGGCAGCUGUUUUUCUUCUCUCUCUACAUCGUCUCAAUCGGGGAAGCCGGGCACAAGCCGUGUGUGCAAGCGUUCGGGGCAGAUCAGUUCAACGAAGAGAAGCCAGAGGAGAGGAAGGCCAAGAGCUCAUUCUUCAACUGGUGGUACUUUGGGACGAGUGGUGGCGCCAUGACGGCCAUGUUGAUCGUAAUAUACGUCCAGGACAAUGUGGGGUGGGCCGUUGGCUUUGGAAUCCCAGCUGCUGCAAUGGCCAUGGCGCUUGUGCUGUUCUUGCUUGGGCGGAGAAGAUAUAGGCUGCAGGCAGCUAAAGGCAGCAGUCCACUGACUCGAGUGGCGCAGGUUUUGGUUGCAGCUGGCCGUAAGUGGCGCUUGUCUGUGUCUAAGGAUGAUCACGGAGGAAAUAUUGAAGAAGGAAAAGCUGGUUUGAACAUGGGCGUUCACUUUCUGUCCACCACUCGGCCCCUGGCUCCUACCCAUCAGUUCAGGUUUCUGGACAAAGCGACUGUUGUAGACAAUAUUGAUUUGUCCAGCAACAACAAGAACAACUGGAGGCUUUGCACAGUGACUCAAGUAGAAGAAGUGAAGCUUCUCCUUCGUUUGGUUCCCAUUUGGUUCAGUGGCUUGAUGUAUGCUGUGGUGUUUGCCCAGACCAACACCCUCUUCACCAAGCAAGGCAGAACCAUGGACAGAAGGAUCGGAUCCAAGUUUCAAAUACCACCUGCAUCACUUCAAGUCUCCAUUCCCCUAGUGGUUAUCUUUGCAGUGCCCAUAUAUGACCGGAUUUUUGUUCCGGUAACGAGAAGACUAACCGGAAUCCCUUAUGGGGUAACAAUGCUUCAAAGGAUCGGAAUCGGCCUGUUCAUUUCGACGAUCGGAAUGGUGAUAGCAGCUCUAGUAGAGAGUAGAAGGAUUCUCAUCAGUAAAGAGCAUGGGCUGUUGGAACAACCAAAGAUAACUGUGCCUAUGAGUGUGUGGUGGUUGCUUCCACAGUACAUGAUUUGGGGAAUCUCGGAUGUUUUCGCCGUCAUCGGCUUGACGGAACUCUUCUACGAUCAGAUGCCGGAGGACAUGCGCAGCAUUGGCUCUGCAGUUUUCCUUAGCAUGUUUGGCACAGGCAGCUUACUGAGCAGUUCUGUUAUAUCUAUUGUGCAGUCAAUGAGCUCAAGGUUUGGGGAUAAAUGGCUGGACAACAAUCUCAACAAAGCCCACCUUGACUACUAUUACUGGUUACUAGCAGGGCUGAGCAGCCUCUGGCUUGUCAUGUAUGUAGGCCUGGCUAAAUUCUUUGUUUACAAGAAAAAUUGAUGGUGGCGCUGUUCCAAAAUGGAUUUGAUGAAACUGUUUCUUCACGGCCCAUUGUGGCCCAUUCCA